AUGACUCAAAAGAGAAGAAAUUGCGGACGUAACAAGCACGGCCGUGGCCACGUCAAGUUUGUUCGCUGCAUUAAUUGCAGCCGUGCCGUCCCUAAGGACAAGGCUAUCAAGCGCUGGACUAUCCGUAACAUGGUUGAAACUGCCGCCAUUCGUGAUAUGUCCGAGGCUUCUGUCUAUAGCGAGUACACGAUCCCCAAGUUGUACAUCAAGUUACAAUACUGUGUCUCUUGCGCUAUUCACUCCCGUGUUGUUCGUGUUCGCUCUCGUGACGGCCGUCGUAUCCGCACUCCUCCUCCUCGUAUGCGUUACAACCGUGACGGUAAGAGAAUUAACCCUGCUGCCCUUGCAAAGACUGCCCUCUAAAGUGGUUAUGUUAGAUUAAAUAUGGAAGGGAAUGAAAUUAUAACUUGGUAUACGUCAGUUAUCCUAUCAGAUUUGUAAAUGUUUGAGGUGUAGUAGCAAAGAACCCGAGAAGAAACGUUA